AUGUCCAAGCUUCCACCAGGAAUCACUGAGGAUGACCUCUAUCCUAAGGACAAAGUUGAUCCAAAAUCAUCACAACCAUCAUUUGCUGUUCCAACUCGUUCCUUCCCUGCCGAGCGAGCUGUUUCAUUCAAUCAGGCCGGUGGCUGCUCCACCAUCCGUGCUCAACCCUGGAGAAACCGUCCACAUGGUUUCCAAGACUUUGCUUUCGGUACUGACGCUCCUGAAAGGUUUGAGCUCUUUAUUAUGGGGGAUGGCGAAGAGAAGGUCACCGCCGUCGAUGAAACCCGGGUCCCAAACUGUGUGACCUUCACCUUCAACAAGGAGGAUCAUACCCUGGGAAACCUCCUCCGUUCCCAACUCCUCAAGGACCCCAAGGUCCUUUUCGCCGGGUACAAGGUACCCCACCCCCUCUUCCCGUCGUUUGAACUCCGUGUUCAAACCACGGAUGAGACCAAUCCCCGUGCUGCUGUCAUCAAGGCAGCACAAGACCUCAUUAAAGAUCUCACGAUCUUUAGAAACAACUUCACACGCGAGUGGGAGUUGAAGAAGAUGAUCGACCCUGCCAAGGAGGGCAACUAG